GCCCUUUUUCAAAGCGACUGCGGAAGUAGCUGUGGACGAAUCGGCGCUGGGAGAGUUUAGGGUGUCUGUGCAAGUCGCUGAUUUCGGCGCCAAACAUGCCGGGUCUGGCAGCCGCAAGCCCUGCCCCGUCUGAGUCGCAGGAGAAGAAGCCGUUGAAGCCCUGCUGCGCCUGCCCGGAGACCAAGAAGGCGCGCGAUGCGUGCAUCAUCGAGAAAGGAGAAGAACACUGUGGACACCUAAUUGAGGCCCACAAGGAGUGUAUGAGAGCCCUGGGAUUUAAGAUAUAAGAUGGUGAGCACAUUACUUUCUGAUUAAGAAAGGUGGUCUGCUCUGUGAAUGAGUAAUUCCCGAAGAAUGAAGAAGAUUCAAUAAUUUCAGGAGUUCUUUGAUGAACUUUAACAAAUGAUAGAAAUUAUUUAUAAUUUAUCAAAAAAAAUAUAUAUCCCUGGUCAAAAAAUC